UUGACCUGUAGCCAUUCUGUGCACAAAACCAAGUUUUUUCUUGAUAAGAUGAUAGUGUUAUUGAUGUUGAGAUGUUCUCAGCUAUAUGUUGCUACUCUUAAAUGCUCAUUACUGCAAUGCUGGAGAAUUUCAUAACCUGAAAGUAACCUCAUUUUCUUCAAAUGUUCAGCUUAGAGUGGGAUAAUAGGAGUCUAUAGGCAAUUCAAGAAUUUGGGUUUUCUUUAUUUUCAUCAUUUUAUGGGUGAUGGUUUGGGUGUGAAAAAUGGGGCUUUGGUGCUAUGGGUGGAGAGGUGUAUGAGGAUUGGGUUAUCCCAUCCCAGUAGAUGAGUGGAAAGUUCAAUUCUUUCUAUCCACAUGAUUGUCAGGCUAGGUUUCUUGGUUGCUGCUUCAAUUGCAGCCUAUGGAGUUAGGCAGAUUAGUGUCAAACCCCAAAGGCCACCCAAGCCUUCAGGAAAUAGUGAAGAACAUACUAGGAAUGAAGAGGAAGACAAAGAGCAGAUUACCUAUUCUAAGAAUGGCCUCAAAGAGGGUGAGUUGGAAGAGGAGAAAGAAGAAGUUAAAUUAAUAAAUGGGAUUAUAAAUCCCUCGUUGAGGAAAUCGUUGGAUAUCGAAGAUGACCUCUUUCCUGAAUUUGAAGAUCUUUUAUCAGGCGAGAUAGAGUUUCCGUUACCUAGUGGCAUGUAUGAUGCAGCAAAUGCAGAGAAGGAGAGAGCAUAUCAAAAUGAGAUGGCUAAUAAUGCAAAUGAGCUGGAAAGAUUAAGAAAUCUUGUGAAAGAGCUUGAGGAGAGGGAAGUGAAGCUCGAAGGCGAGCUGUUGGAGUAUUAUGGGCUGAAAGAGCAAGAAUCAGAUAUUGUUGAGCUACAAAAGCAACUUAAGAUUAAGGCAGUGGAGAUUGAUAUGCUUAAUAUUACUGUAAAUACCUUGCAAGCUGAGAAGAAGAGGCUUCAAGACGAGGUUUCCAAGACUGUCGAUGCACGAAAGGAGUUAGAGGUGGCGAGGAACAAAAUCAAGGAGAUGCAGAGGCAGGUUCAACUUGAAGCGAGCCAGACGAAAGGGCACUUAUUGUUGCUCAAACAGCAAGUUACCGGGCUUCAAGCAAAGGAAAAGGAAGCCUUCAAACGGGAUGCUGAGGUAGAGAAGAAGCUUAAACUUUUAAAGGAGUUAGAGGUGGAGGUUAUGGAGCUUAAGAGGAAGAACAAAGAGCUUCAGAUUGAGAAACGAGAAUUGGUCAUGAAACUCGAUGCAGCUCAAGCCAAAGUAACGUCCCUUUCUAAUAUGACAGAGAGUGAAAUGGUUGCCAAUGUGAGGGAAGAGGUUACAGCUUUGAGGCAUACAAACGAGGAUCUUCUAAAGCAAGUUGAAGGCCUACAGAUGAAUAGAUUCAGUGAAGUCGAAGAGCUAGUGUAUCUUCGUUGGGUGAAUGCCUGCUUAAGAUUUGAACUCCGGAACUAUCAAGCGCCUGCAGGCAAAGUAACGGCUCGAGACCUCAGUAAAAGUUUGAGCCCGAGAUCUCAGGAGAAGGCUAAACAGCUGAUGUUAGAAUAUGCAGGUUCAGAGCGUGGUCAAGGGGACACUGAUCUUGAAAGCAACUUUUCACACCCAUCUUCUCCGGGGAGCGAAGAUUUUGAUAAUACCUCUAUUGAUAGUUCUACUAGUAGAUAUAGUAGCCUCAGUAAAAAGCCUGGCUUACUUCAGAAGUUAAAGAAAUGGGGGAGAAGCAAAGACGAUUCAGUUUUUACUUCGCCAUCAGGGUCUCUUGGAGGAUCCCCGAGCAGGAUGAGCAUGAGUCAUAGUAGGCCUCGGGGCCCUCUGGAAUCCUUGAUGCUCAGGAAUGCGGGUGAUAGUGUAGCCAUCACUAGCUUUGGGACAGCAGAACAGGAAUUCCUUAAUUCCCCCGAAACACCAAAGAUGUCCCAGGCUAGAGUACAUGAUAUGUCUCCCGUUUCACUGAAUACAGUUGCAUCGUCUUUUCAUUUAAUGUCUAAGUCGGUCGAAGGGGUCAUGGAUGAAAAGUAUCCUGCAUAUAAAGACCGGCAUAAGUUGGCAGUGGAGAGGGAGAAGCAAUUAAAAGAAAAGGCUGAACGAGCAAGAACUGCAAAAUUUGGUGACACUUCGAGCUUUAAAGUAGACAGAUCUAUCGCCUUGCCCCCAAAACUUACACAGAUAAAGGAGAAGGCAGGUGUCUCUAGUGACUCAACUGAGCAGUCUAGUGAUCCUAAAGCAGAUUCUCAAUCAAUAAGCAAAAUGAAAUUAGCCCAUAUUGAGAAACGAGCUCCUAGAGUUGCUCGUCCACCUCCUAAACCAUCAUCAGCUAGUGCUCCCACUACUACUGGUACAAAUGCUUCGGGUGGGGCUCCACCUCCACCGCCUCCUCCACCGGGUGCUCCUCCGCCACCACCGCCACCAGGUGGACCGCCUAGGCCACCUCCUCCACCAGGGAGCCUAACAAAAGCAGGUGGAGGAGAUAAAGUCCAUCGAGCCCCAGAAUUAGUUGAGUUCUACCAAACAUUGAUGAAACGGGAGUCAAAGAAGGAUUCAUCGUCACCUUUGAUUUCUUCCUCAUCAAACGCAUCGGAUGCAAGAAGCAACAUGAUUGGGGAGAUAGCAAACAAAUCCUCCUUCCUUUUAGCUGUGAAAGCUGAUGUUGAAACUCAAGGCGAUUUCGUCCAGUCACUGGCAUCUGAAGUCCGUGCAGCUUCCUUCUCCAACGUAGACGAUUUGGUGGCAUUUGUGAACUGGCUAGAUGAAGAGCUCUCCUUCUUGGUUGAUGAACGAGCUGUUCUCAAGCAUUUCGAUUGGCCAGAAGGGAAAGCAGAUGCAUUGCGAGAGGCUGCAUUCGAGUACCAGGACCUAAUGAAACUAGAGAAGCAAGUUUCCUCGUUUGUUGAUGAUCCCAAUCUUUCUUGUGAAGCUGCAUUGAAGAAGAUGUACAAGCUACUUGAGAAGGUGGAACAGAGUGUUUAUGCACUUUUGCGCACAAGGGACAUGGCUAUAUCACGAUAUAGAGAAUUUGGCAUCCCUACAGAUUGGUUACUAGAUGCUGGCGUGGUUGGAAAGAUUAAGCUCUCGUCUGUCCAACUGGCUCGCAAGUACAUGAAACGUGUAGCAAUAGAGCUUGAUGCAUUGAGCGGGCCUGAGAAGGAACCGAACAGAGAAUUCUUAGUUCUACAAGGUGUUCGUUUUGCUUUCCGUGUUCAUCAGUUUGCUGGAGGGUUUGAUGCUGAGAGCAUGAAGGCGUUUGAAGAACUGAGGAGUCGUGUGGCGACACAAACAACAGGAGAAGUAAAGCAAGAAGAAUGACACUUUCGAUUUCUCAUGCUUGCUUGCUUGCUAUUAAGUGUAUAUUUCAUCAUUUUGUUACUUGAGUAUAGGAAACAACAUUCAUAUUGUACCUUCAGCUUACCAGAAAUACAGAGAUGCAUAGAUUACAGCAA